UUUAGAGAUUAUUUUCAAGAUGUCUGCGCCCAUGAUAAAAUAUUUCAUAAUCUUUGAACAUAACUAACACACCAUAGAUAGCGACCUGUACGCAUAUAUUUGCUCUCAAAAUGAAAAAGAACGCAAAUGAAAAACAUGUCAAAGGAAGAGAGAAGAAUAUGGGAAAGGAGGAAGUAAAUAAACAAUUGGAAAAGAAAAAGUUAUUAGAAGCUAAGAUCAGAAAACAAGUUGCAUUUGAAGAAAAAGCCUUCCGUGUUGUUGAAAGACUGAUAGAAAACCCAAUUACAGAAGAAUUUCUCAAAGAUUCAUGCCAGUUUAUUGCACCUCACCAUUAUGAAGAUAUUGUUGAAGAAAGAUCUAUAACAAAGACAUGUGGCUAUCCUGUCUGUAGUAAACCACUCAAUGCUGUGUCCAAGCAGAAAUAUCAUAUCUCCACAAAAGACAACAAAGUUUAUGAUAUAACUGAGAGGAAAAGUUUCUGCAGUAAUCAUUGUUACAAAGCAUCAAGACACCUGCAGCAUCAGUUAUCUACAACUCCAUUAUGGUUAAGAGAAGAGGAGAGAGUUUGUGUUACUCUGCUUACUACAAACAGUGGACUACCAGGAGUAGAAGUUGUUGGACCAAUAGAAGCUGUAUGGAAAGAAGUUCACCAGUUGAAUAAACUUGACCAAUCAGAAUCAAAGGUCAAAAAGCCAGAUGAAAACAAUAAAGAAAUUAAUGAUAUAACCAGAAAAACAGCUGAUAUUAAACUUGAGGAUGAAACUUUGUUGGAACAAGGUUGUGUAGAAGAUUCAGAUGACGAAAAAGAUGAUGAAAAUAUUUGUACAGAUAAAGAGCAAUUUAAAAGAAGUACUCAGGGUACAUUUAAAGAAAAAACUAAAAGUGAUUGUAAAAUUUCAGAAGGAGAGGCAGAUAAUGCAAGUUGUCCUCCUGUGAAGUCAAUAUCUGAGACAAGUUGUACAAAGGGAGAUAAUCCCUCACAAACUGAAGAUAAAAUGCAACAGUUGAUGAAACUAUUAGACAGAAGAAAACAGUUGCUGGGUCAGUUGGCCGGAAUAGAAACUGAAUCUGAACCUUCAAUGGUACAAAAUACAAGAGGAAAUUCACAACAAAACAUUGAGACCAAAAGUUCUAAUCAGCAACACAUUUCCAUUGAUAAAGAUGUUUCAAAAGUUCUUGAAGGAGAUAACAAUGUUCCCAAAAAUGUCCAUGUAGAGCAUGAACAGAAAAACACUAGUAUAUCAGAGAGAGACAUAAGUGAUAGAUCAUCAGUUUUCAAAAAAAUUGUUGAAAGUGAAAGCAGUAAAACCUAUGAUAAGUCGGCAGCAUCUUUGUCUGAUGUUGGCAAAGAAAAAGACUCCAAGCCAAAACCAGGAAAUACCAAAAUGUCUAGUCAUUCUGUUAUUCAGUUGAUAUGUCAGUCUGUUAAAACAUGGAUUACAACUGAAACCUUAGACUGUUUACAAAAGCCAGCAGAACAGGAUCAAACCAGUAAGAGCUGGUCUAAAACACAUUUUGAUGCAUUAUAUCAAGCUUUAUGUAAAAGAGUGGAUGCUGGAGAAUUUGAAAUAGAGGAUAUUGGUACUGAGUCCAAUAUGGACGAUGAUAAAGAUCAAAGGCUACCAAUACCUGAAUUUGAAAGACUGAGAGUAGAAACAAAAGAUUAUGCAAAUAAAGUCCAACGGUAUUUUGCUGGUGAAUUGUUUACUGAACCUACAGAAAAGGAUUACCAAGAAAAUACACCUGUAUACCUGCCUACAGUGGACACUUGUGAUCAGAUGCAAAUAAGAAGGAAAAUAGUAAUGGACAGAUUACAAAAUGUGAUACAAGAUGUGUUAUCUCCCUUGAAGCUUACACUACAAGAUGUUUAUACUGAAUACAAAGACAUGAUUGGAACAUUCAGUCUUGACAGCAAAAAUAUCCUGCACAAGCCAGCAGAGUGGACUAUUAUCAAUCUUAUUUUACUGAGAAUGCUGUCUAGGAAGAAUAUUAAGAUAAAGAAAGCAUUCCUCCAACCAACAUCUGUGACAUACUUCAAGAUUUUACUUGGCAGACUAGGGACUAACUUACAGCAGAUUGAUAUGUACAUUGAUGACUUAUUAUCUAUCACUAAUUAAAAUAUGGGACCAUA